AUGAUUGUUCAAUUUUAUCGCUGUUUAUCUGUCAGGAGAAACAUUUUUUUAAUGCGCCGAAAACAUUCUUCGAGAAACGUGUUAAAAUAUCAGGACAAAGGUCUGUUCCAUGACAUUUUUCCCAGUAAUUCUGCUCAUGAAAUAAUAGAUCUAUGUAAUGGUGCUCCACAAACUGUUUAUGCAGGUUUCGAUCCAACUGCGAGAAGUCUUCAUGUGGGCAACCUGCUGAUAUUAGCUAAUCUUUUGCAUUGGCAUCGUGGAGGACAUCAUGUUAUUGCAUUGAUUGGAGGAGCAACGGGAAGAAUAGGUGAUCCGAGUGGUAAGAAUAAAGAAAGAGAGGAACAGAAAGAAGAAAUUGUUAAAGAAAAUGUAAAUUAUAUUUCAAAUAUAAUACUUAAAAUAUUUGAAAAUCAUAAGAAGUAUUUUUGGCAUGAAAAUACUCCUUUAGUGCCUGUCAGUUUAGUGAACAAUGCUGAGUGGUAUAAAUCAUUGAGUUGUGUUGACUUCAUCUGUGGAAUAGGACGCCACUUAAGGCUGGGACAAAUGCUAUCUAGAACUAGUGUGGCUUCGAGGCUUCAAUCAGAACAGGGAAUCAGUUUUACAGAGUUUUCAUAUCAAGUAUUCCAGGCAUAUGAUUGGUUACAUCUUUUGAACAAAUAUAAUUGUAGAAUUCAGAUUGGAGGAAGUGAUCAAAUAGGAAACAUAAUGACUGGUCAUGAAUUAAUUACAAGAGUAACAAGAAAAUCUGUUUAUGGUGUUGUGGCACCAUUGAUAACUUCCGAGUCUGGAGAUAAAUUUGGGAAAACCGCAGGUAAUGCUGUUUGGUUAGAUCCUAACAUGACCUCACCAUUCGAGUUAUACCAAUUUUUUAUGCGACUACCAGAUUCUAAAGUGUCUGAAAUAUUAUCUCUGCUUACUUUUCUGUCUGCUGGAGAGGUAAAGGAUUUGGUAGCCUCACAUAUGAAAGAGCCAGACUUAAGAAAAGGCCAGAAAUAUGUAGCAGAAAAAAUUACUCUUCUUGUUCACGGAGAAGAAGGUCUUGCAAGUGCAAAAAAUACAACUAAAGCUCUGUAUUCGAGAGAUAUUAAAGCUUUAGCAGGUUUAAGUUCGGAAGAUCUAACUUCAGGACUUCGUGGUGCUGAGUUUGUUGAAAUUCUGCUUAGGCCAGGCAUCACAGUGUUAGAAGCUGCAUUAGCUGCACGCUGCUUUCUCUCUCAAAGUGAUGCAGAAAGGAUUAUAAAAGCAGGAGGUUUUUAUGUAAACCAUCAAAGAAGUACAAAUCCCAGUGAAAUCUUGGUGAAUGGUUUACACAUUCUCCCAAAUAAAAUUUCACUUCUUAGAGUAGGCAAGAAGAACUACUGGAUUAUUAAAUGGCUGAGUUAA